GGCGAGCGGCUGCGCGGCGGAUGGUCGAAGCAGCCGGGCCAGGGUCUGGUUCCGCCACUGGCCGGCUGUGCCUGUGUCGCCGGGAGCAAGGUAAUUAUCGCUGCGCACCUUCGGUUUCCCUCCGGUACCGUGCGGGCAGGAAAGCCGAGCUCCGAAGCCUGAGCGACCACUGACCGGCUCGGUGCGGUGAAUUAUGCGCCCAGGACUCCUAGCAGUAAGAGUGACCUGAUCAUGGACACCAUAUGAAACCUGAAAAUGAAACCAGCAUUGCAGAAGGACAAGCCAAGAGAUGGGGGAAAAACUGAAUCUUGAUGCCAUCACCUUAGCUCCUGGGUCAAGAGGUGGGCGUCUUUGGCUCUACCACACCUGCUGCGUGGUUCUCCAGGAGGGCAAGAGGAAGAGUAACAGCAACAGCCAGCAUUUACUGAACAUCAACCCUUCUCCAGGCCCUGGGCUAGCAUCUGACAUCAUUUGAUCAUCCCCACAACCAUAUGAGGGAAUUGAAGCCAAAGACAUGAAAAGGAAGUUUUAAGAAAGCACCUGACUACUUUAAUAAGUUCAGCAAUUCAAGAUCAGACAAACUGCAUCUCAAGCACCUCAAAAAAAUAUGUGAAUCCUGUCAUGAAACCAUUGUGAGCAGUGUUUGAGAAUGCAUAGAAAAUGACAAAAAUGUCAGAAGACUUCAGAUUUGGACAAAUAUUGUCCUGGUUUUCAAAAAUGGAAUAAAGAAGAACCCCAGAAACACAGGACCACUGAGCUUCACAACCUUCAGGAAUGAAUUAAGUGGCCAACAUGGCUGAGGAUACCUCUCAGGUUUUACACCUUAGACGUCCUGCCACAGAAAGAGUGCCCCUAUGUUCUCCCUCCAAGUUCAAAACAUUGAGAAGAGCUCUAAGAAGCCCAGGUGACCUCUGGACCAACUGAUGACAGGAUUUCGUAAGGAGAUAUUACAAGGGGUCAGAUUUUGUAAGAUGAACUUGAACCGUUUCGUCCCCGGCCCAUGGAACUUUCUCCAGCGGGAUCUAAGCGGGGAUAGAGAGAACGAGGAGCGGCGUCACUGUGACGCGGGGCUGCAGGGUUGCUCCAGCCACGGCUUCUUAGGUCCCAGUUUGGUGUAAAAUCCUUUGCCUGGUCCUGAGAUUCAAAGGCAGUGGAGAGCAAGCCGGGAUUUGUGGGCUGGAGCUGGACCUGAUCAGUGUCCUGGUUAAGGAAGACAGCUCUGAUGGCAUUUUGAAGGACCAAUAUUUGGGGGAUAAAGAGAAAGGUGAAAGUCACGCAAAUUAGGGCAAUUAGAGUGUAGUAACUGAGGGGAGGGAAAAUGAACACCUGAAGGUAAGAAGGAAGACAGUGGCAAUGAAAAUAAACAAAAGGAUCAGUAAGAUCUUGUCCAAUUGGGAUCACUGUUGCCUCACUGUUCGUGGAAUUAUGUGAAAGACUACUGACCCACUUUAACCCCAAGAUUCUAUGAGUUAGGCUUCUGUGACCACAUAAGAGCUCCGUAUUUCAGAAAGGAGCAUUUCCCAGCAACUGUAAGUACAUAUAAGAAUGCUUCAGGCAUGUCUAUACACAUUUAACAGGUGAGACCAUCUCUUUCACCCGUAGUUAAUGUAUCAGUGGAAAGGGAGAUGAUUAGCUCUAUUUACUUGAGCACAAACGAUUUUGGGUUUUGAUGCGUCUCCAGUACGGCAACAUAGUAAUGCUUAUCAAGGUAGUCUCCCUAAACAAUGAUUAUAUAUUCAAGGCCUACACUUGUGCUUUAUGGGACAAUGCGUUUUAGUUUCUGUUCGCUGAACUCAGAAUAAGAAUUUCAUAGAAAAUUGAAAAGUAAAACUAUGCAAAAAUUAGAGAAGGAAAGGAAACAAGAUAAUCAGAUGACAUAGUACAGAAGAUACUGAAUUGCUGGAUUAAAAUAGAAGAUACUGACUUCCUGAAUAAAUUCUCAUUGUUUCCCAAGUUCUAAGCAUUUAGUGUAGGUAUAAUUGAAGAAAUAUACUGUGAGGAAGCCAGCAGACCAUCAGACAUAUGGAUACCAUUGGCGAUUGCAUGGUGGCAGGUGUGGCGGAGACAAACAAAAUGAUAUCCAGAUGGGGAGCAUACAUUUUGCAGCAUUUAUAGGUAAUCUCAUGCAUUUUAUCCCUAACUGGUAAGUGUAUCAUUACUUAUAUUUACUACUUUUAUUUAUCAGUCAUUUACACAUCACUUACAUUCAAACUCAACUAAACCUCGUAACAACCCUAUGAAGUAGGUACUUCUGUUAUUUCUGUUUUACAGAUAGGACAACACAGAGAGGUUAGGCAGCUAGCCCACAAUUGCACAGCUGGAAUUUACUGACUGACAAUGGCAGAAAAAAUCUUAGAGAAGUUAGAUAUUCUGGAUGAGCAAGCAAAGGCAUUCUUGGCCAUAAGAGCAAAGAAAAACAACCUUCAGGGUCAAGUAAGAAAAAAGAUUUCAGUGAUACCUCUGACGUUUGAUUUUCAGUUGGAAUUUGAAAAGGCUAUCGCUACCCCCAUAUCUAAGACAGAAUCAAAGAUCACAAAAGACAGAUCACAUGGCAUUAACAAAACAAAAAGAUACAGCUCCUUCAAAAAUAAGCCUGAACCUAAAAAGCCAAAUUUAAGACCACACGUUGUGCCAACAAAUAUAAAAAUUCAAGAAAUCAAGUCAAUAGAGCCAAUUGAAGAAAGUCUAAAAUCAAGACCUAUUAGAUCAUUUCGUUAUCUUAAGGAUACAACUGAGAUGGAAAAUGCUAAGCCCUUGCAUGAGCUACAUUUGCAGCAUAAACAACAACAAUGUAGAAGAACUUUGGGUUCUACAAUAAUUUCUUCUGUAUCCAGCAUUCAACCUAAUGCUUAUAAGGAGGAAAAAGACUCUGUUAAGAGGAUAAAAUCUUCACAGAUGAAUGAUUUUAGUGCAAAAGAAAAUGAAUCCAUCAUAAGUGAUCAAUUAAAUGAAUAUUCAGCAAGAAAGAGAAGCUCACUCCCUUUGUGCUUUGAGGAUGAACUGGAAAGGCCAAAUGCCAAGAUAAUCAGCAUUUGUCCGGCAAAGACAGCAACUUCUCACAUGAAACAAAGUGACACAAAUCCCAUAAUUUUCCAUGAGACUGGAUAUGUGCAAAUGUUGCUUUUGACAAAAAAUAGGCUUCCUCCUCAUUCUAUGGAAAAUGUUAAUGGUUACCCAUAUACAAGAUCAGAAGUUGUUUUAGAAAGAAAUUGUGAAAUGCUCAAAAGUGUAGUUAGAGGUCAAUCUAUUUCUCUUUCCGAGCCCAGAAGAACUAUGUCUACAGCACAGAGGAAAGAUGUACAAGCAAUGCCUUUUGAAGUGGGCCACGGAGUUGUAGAGGAUAAAUUGAGGAAGAGAACUAGUAAGCAGACAUCUGAAAACACAUCUUGGAAUAAACCCUGUAAUUUCUCUCGGACUUUUUCCAGCCUAACAAAAAAAUUUGUGGGUUUCCUUGAUAAAACUGUUAUUCAAGAAGUGAGUGCUAAAACUGGCACAUGUGAAAAAAUAUUUUCUACAGUAAAACCAAUGAGUAAAUUCAAUGCCUUACCUGUUAAAUACUGCUCAAAGCCUUCAAAAAAUGUACUCAAAGUCUAUAAAGUAAGUAAUGUAACACCAUUGGAUGAUUUGUUAAAUUUAUCAAGUAAAAAUUAAGCACCUCAUAAAAUGUUGUUUAUACAGCAAUAUUUGGGCAACAAGAAGCAAGUAACAAAGUUUCAAGAUCAUAGACGAAAUUCUUAUCUAAAUGGUAACGUUCUAAUGGAUGACAGAAAAAAAAAAAACAAAGCAUAGAAACUGGAAUUACAAACCAACAAUCAUAUAACACUUUUCGUAAAUAAGAUGACAAAAUUAGGAAAUAACGGUCACCAAGAGGAACUAGUUCAGGAAUUUCUCUGAUCUCAGUUAUAUCCCUCAAUCACCAGCAUUCCGAAAAUAAAGUAUGACUCAGGACCAAGAAUGGCAUAGACUGACUCUGAAAAUUUGCUGUUGGAAGCCAAAUAAUGUCAGUAACCUUGCUCUAUAACUGGAUCUCAAACAAGACAAAUACACCAUUAACUUGAUGCCUGUGGAAUUAAUCGUACAUCAGCAUUUUGGAUAAUCAUUGGAAACACGUAUUACAUUAGCAAUUCAUGCAAUUAAAAAGACUGUAAAAUUUCAGAUAUCUUUUUCUUAGUAGAUGUUGGAACUUCUUUACUAUAUAAUGCCUUUACCAAGUAUAACUGACUUUUUUCUGCAUUGUUAAAUAAUUUAAAAAAUAACUUAUCCUUAAUAAGCUAAAUAAUUUUGGUAGCAAAUCCUAUAAAGGAUUGAACAUUUUUUAUUAUAUUGUUAUUUUAUUUACUCAUUAACUUUUUUAUUAACCUAAACAGUAUAAAGGCAGAACUCAAGUGAGAAACUAGUUGCAUUUCAAGAGUUCAUUCGUAAACCAUUUGUUUAAAGCCUUUUUUAAAAAAUCUGAACUGUUUGUUAGUACUUGAGAAGAAGUAGGUUAAUUAAAGCAUUUCUGUUCAAGGAAGGUUUUAGAGGUCUUCUGUAAAUUUUCAAGGGUUAGGAGGUAGACUCGCUCAGGUUUCUCUGUUUCCAUUUCACGCUGGAGGUUUUCUUUGUUCUGUGUCGUCAGCGCUACUUGUGUGCAUCUCUUCGCAAAUAGAGGCAGGUCUCGGCUCUCACAUAGAAUGACAAGGACAAAAAAUGGAGAUGGAGAAGCAGAGUGUGGAGACUCUGUAAAUGAGGGAAGAGCAGGGGGAAAAGGGUUCAAGACAAGGUGGUGGCUCAGGCGUGUAGGAGGUGUUAGGGCAGGAGCCACAAGCUUUCCUGGCUGGCUGCUUUUCUUCUGGUCCCCGACGGGGAGGAGAAGCAGCAGCAGCAGCUCCAAGUCGUGGGGUUGGCAUUCUCUCUUUCCACCAACAGGGAUUGAACUUCUUGUUCUUUUUGUUUGCUUUUAUUCAUUCUCCCCUACCUCCACCCCAGCCCAUUUUCCCUCCUCCCAGGCUCAUGCAAAACAAAACAGUUUCCCUAACUACCCUGCUGUCUCAGAAGGAAAAACACAGACUCUCUUUAAUUACUAACGAUAAAAAUGACAAGAAACAGAAAAUACGCCUAAUAAUAGCACAAGUAAUGACGAUAGUAUUUCCCUCUAUUCAGUAUCAGAGGCCCUGGAUGUGGGCAGAUAGGAGUGAACUUGGGCAAAUAAUGUAAGCUAU